AUGAGGGCCAGGGGUCAGCAAUACGAGAGACAGAGAAAGGGGGCGAUUGAGAUCGUGAGGAGUAGAAACGAAGCUUCUUUUUUGUGGCGGACUGAGCCGAUCCCGAUUCCCAAUCCAAUCGUACAAGGUCUUGGUUUAGGGUUCCAGAGGAGGUUCUUCGCAUCCAUAAGAAUACCAAAUCGGAAUCCCUCGCUCCUUUGCUCCAUCCCGCUUUCUCCUACUCUCGCUGCUUAUCGUUAUUCUACUUGCUAUGGAUCUGUUUCCCUCCACUUAUCCGCUUAUUGACUUGCGAAAAGGUUUCGGAUAAAUUCUUCCAUGAAAUUGCUCUUCUUGCGAUACAAUUUUAAUAAAGUCUUAUAUAUUGAAUAAGGAUGAGUUUACCUGCCAAAGGUCUCAAUAACAAGAAGGAAGCCAAGUGGAGCAUUCCAAACAAAUCAACAACAUUAAAUCCCAAUGCUGCAGAGUUUGUUCCAUUUUCACUUAAAUCUGCAGGUGAAAGUAACCAAGUUGAUAAUACUUACCGACUGGACCUUCCAGGAAGUUCUAGGAAAGGGUUCCUAGAUAGGUCAGAUUCUACCACUUCACAUAAUUCUGAUGAUGAGGCACAUCAGUAUUGGCGGCACCACCUUCCAGAUGACAUCACUCCUGACUUCACAGCCACUGGAAAAGAUGAUUUUCCUGGUCCUGAACUGUUGCCAAUUGCAGGCUUGUCAAUAUUUGAUGAAAAUGACGGGUCAAGUGUACCUGAAUUAGUUAGCAGGCAUGCACAAAUUACCAGGGGAAUGACUGAUGAACUGAGAUAUUCUGAUUCAAUGUUUCAUCAAGAUCAAUCAUCAGUUGCUUUCACGGCUCCUGCUAAGGAUUCCUGGGACAAUGAAUUAAUAAAAGCUACUCAGCAUCUGAGCAAUGGAUUGGAUGGAUAUCAUUUAAAUGGAAGUUCUAGUGCUGGCUUGGUUAAUAAUUCAUAUAUUGAUCAUCUUAUCAUGGAAGAUUCUGCCAUCAACCACGUGGAGUUUCUUGCAUUGCAAUUCCCAGGUUUUUCUGCCGGGAGUCUAGCAGAAGUGUACUAUGCAAAUAAUUGCGAUUUGAAUUUGACUAUUGAGAUACUUACUCAGCUUGAGCUCCAAAUGGAUGGCGGCUUCACACAAAACCAGAAUUUGAAGGCCAUAGCAACACCAAACCUGAAUUCUCUCGACUUCCCUGCUCUUCCUGUGACAGAUUCUCGGAACAGAUUUGCAACAGGCAGUAGAGAAAAUAUCCAGGAUUUAUAUAGGUCUUCUUCAAGCCUAUUUCGAGGUCCUCCUGAUUUUGCUUCUGCUGUUAGAAAACUUGCAUCCCAGGAUAAUGGUACAUGGAAACAUGAGAGAAAUGGUUCUGUGGAUAGUUUUGGUAGCUCUGGUGUGAACAGACAAAUGGUAACUAACUCAUACAAAGGCAAUGUUAAGUUGGCUUAUGAAAAUAAAUUGCAAGGUCUAGGAGCUGCUCAGGCGAGUCCUAUUUGGCUGGAAACUGGAGAAGCAGUUGCUAAUAUAUAUUCAACAUCAAGGGAAGACGCUCGGGACUUUGCACGCCUUCGAAAUGCAUGUUUUCAACAGGCUAGAGAUGCUUAUUUGAUUGGCAACAAAGCUCUAGCAAAGGAACUUGGUGAUAAGGGAAAGUGGUACAACUUGCAAAUGAAAGAAGCUCAUGCAAAGGCUAGGGAGACAAUAUAUCGGCAAAGGAAUCCCGUGUCUUCCGAGGCCUACAGUCGAGGGCAAGAACGCAUGAUCGACCUUCACGGUCUUCACAUGAGCGAAGCGAUACAUGUUCUAAAGCACGAGCUGGCCAAUCUGAGAAAUGCGGCGAGGCUGAGCGGCCAUCGCCUGCAAGUCUUGAUAUGUGUGGGAACGGGUCACCACACCAAGGGGACGAGAACUCCCGCAAGGCUUCCUAUAGCCGUUGAGCAAUAUCUAGCGGAGGAAGGAAUUCAUUACACCCAGCCACAACCAGGCCUGCUUCGUGUUGUAAUUUAUUGAGAGGUACAUACACUUUGAUGAAAUUGCUUUAAAGAAAGCCAAAAAAAAAAAAAA